UGCAAAUUACUACAGUACUCAUAAAAAUAAAGAUAUCCAUCCUACAAAGCACUGCGUUUCACAAGCAUGUCAGUACUUCCAAGAGGUUUUGAGAGCAUUCGUGCAUCUCCCAGAUAUGGUAUUGUAAGGGGUGAAUACAGCGUGUAUUACAAAAGACCGCGGUAUGGUCAACCUAGACCACAACCCUUUCAAAGAGAGACCGCACCAUACAAGAGUGCACCAACAAACGCACGAGCAGAUAGACCAUGCUGUUAUGAUUAUCCCUGCAAAGCGGAUUGUUUCAAUCACGGAGCCUGCACGCGCCCUAGCGGAAGAUAUGCUCGUACUGUCUGGUACCCUGGUGAAUGCUGCCCAUGCGUUCCACCGUGCCAAGCUUUCACCUGCCCUAACCCACCUUUCCAUCCUUGCUGUUGCCACACGUGCAAUAAACUCGUCUAAAGUAUCUACCUACCCAAAAUUUAUAUCCUUGUCAGAUCGUAAACCAUCGGUGUCAAUUUUCUGUGAUCGUCUGACUGCUUGUGAAUCGAAGUGGUGUCUCAAUAAAUUUUGUAAACUGACGA